GCACAGCGCGCGCCGUCCCCUCAGCCGCCCCGGCCGGCGGGGCUGCGGCUGCUCCGUCUUCCUCCUUCCUCCUCCUCCUCCUCCUCCUUCCUCUUCGCCUUCCUCCUCCUCCUCCCCUCAGGAGCCGGCGGCGGGUGAGGAGAAGCGGGGCCGCGGCCGGCAUGUGAAGCGGGGCAGCCCCCUCGCCGCCUCCUCGCCUCAGGCUCUUCCCCGGCUCUUGCUGGGGCCCCGCUCGCCAUGAAGAAGUUUUCCCGCAUGCCCAAGUCCGAGGGGAGCGGCGGCGGCGGCGGCGGGACGGCGUGCGGCGGCUCCGGCAGCGGCGUGGCCCUGGGCAGGGCGCUGGCGGUGGGGCGGUACCAGGUGACCCCCGAGGAGCCGCUGGCCGAAGGUGGCUUCUCGACGGUGUUCCUGGUGCGCACCCACAGUGGGAUCCGCUGUGCACUGAAGCGGAUGUGUGUUAAUAAUGUGCCGGAUCUCAACAUAUGCAAGAGAGAAAUCACAAUUAUGAAAGAGUUAUCUGGGCACAAGAACAUUGUGACCUAUUUGGACUGUGCUGUCAACUCGAUAAGUGAUAAUGUUUGGGAGGUGCUCAUCCUCAUGGAAUACUGUCGAGCUGGACAAGUUGUGAACCAGAUGAACCAGCGUCUACAGACGGGUUUCACAGAGGCAGAAGUCAUGAGGAUAUUUUGUGACACCUGUGAAGCUGUUGCUCAGUUGCAUCAGUGCAAAACGCCCAUAGUUCACCGGGAUCUGAAGGUGGAAAAUCUACUAUUAAACGAUAGCGGGAACUACGUUCUCUGUGACUUCGGCAGUGCCACUAACAAAUACCUGCAUCCGCAGAAAGAUGGAGUUAAUAUGGUUGAAGAAGAAAUUAAAAAGUACACAACACUGUCGUACAGAGCUCCUGAAAUGAUCAAUCUGUAUGGAGGAAAGCCAAUUACUACCAAGGCAGAUAUCUGGGCACUUGGCUGCUUGCUGUAUAAACUGUGUUUCUUUUCCCUUCCCUUUGGAGAAAGCCAAGUUGCUAUUUGUGACGGCAGCUUUACCAUCCCGGACAGCUCGCGGUACUCCCACAGCGUGCACUGUUUGAUCAGAUAUAUGCUUGAACCAGACCAAGAGAAGAGACCUGAUAUUUUUCAAGUGUCUUACUUUGCCUUUAAAAUUGCCAAAAAGGAUUGUCCUGUGUCUAACAUUAAUAGUUCUCCUGUCCCUUCAACUCUCCCUGAGCCCAUGACAGCUAGUGAGGCAGCUGCUAGAAAAAGCCAAAUAAAAGCAAGAUUAACAGAUACUGUUGGACCAACAGAAACCUCAAUUGCACCACGACAAAGACCAAAGGCCAAUUCAAGCACUGCCACUUCCAGUGUGCUGGCAAUCCAGAGCUCAGCAACUCCUGUCAAAGUACAAGUUCCUGGGGAAUUUGGUAAUCGUGGGCAAAAAGGAACCACACGCCCCGGGAACGGCCAAGAGCUCUCUCAGUGCCAAGGGACCACGGCGCACGGGCCGCAGCAGCACAGGGUCCUGCAGCAGCUGCAGCAGGGAGACUGGAGGCUGCAGCAGCUGCACCACCUGCAUCACCAGCAGCACCAGCCCACCGUGCAGGAUGCUUACAUUCAGCAGUAUCAGCAAGCAGUGCAUCAGCAGAUGGUCCAGCAGCAGCUGUUGCUGCAGUCUGUGUACCAGCAGCAGCCUGCCCAGUCGCAGUAUCCUGCCAUGGUGCAGUAUCAGCAGGCUCUCCUGCAGCAGCAGAUGCUGGCCCAGCAGCGGUCACAGCAGGCACAGUCCCCUGAAUACAUCACCUCUCCACAAGACUUUGCACCAGCCUUAAUCUCCUACCCUGGCUCACUCCCAGUGCAUGCUGGAACACUGGCAGAUCCUCCCUAUCCUACAAGCAGGUCAGGUAUUCCUGAUGCUGAAGCAAUUGCCAGUUACCCAAAGCAGAGCAUCAAUAACCCACCUGACAUGUCAGGCUGGAACCCAUUUGGAGAGGACAAUUUUUCCAAGUUGACAGAGGAGGAGCUGCUGGACAGAGAGUUUGACCUGCUGAGAUCAAACAGGCUGGUGGACAGGAGAGCAUCUUCAGAUAAGAAUGUGGAGCCACAUUCUGCUCCACAGAAAAGUCCUCCUGAAGAUCCCUUUGGUUCUGUUCCUUUCAUUGCUCACCAAGGUUCCCCUGGAAAACAAGUGGAUAAGCCAGCCAGCAAUCAAGGAAAUAACCUAGGGACCCCAACCAAAGCUGGAAAACUGAGCCAUGCAUUUAGAGAUCCCCGGCCAGGGAGGAAAAGUGCAGAGGGACACAUGACAAAAGGUGGUGAGGAGUCAGAGAGUGAUUUUGAAUCUGACCCUCCCUCUCCCAAGAGCAGCGAGGAAGAAGAAGAACAGGAGGAUGAAGAAGUCUUGCAAGGGGAGAACGGAGACUUCAAUGAUGACAAUGAUACAGAACCAGAGAAUUUAGGCCACCGCCCUCUCCUCAUGGACUCUGAGGAAGAGGUGGAGGAAGAGGAGGAAGAGAAGCAGAGCUCUGACUCUGAUUCUGACCGUACCAAGCAAAAAUCAGUGGAAGGGCUCCUGAGCAGUAGGUUCAGAGACGGUGUGGGCAGCAGUGAAAUCCAGGAACCCAGUUCAAUGCACACAUCAUCGUCUGAGGUGCCAAGCACUGUGAUCAACCCUGGCCAAGAAGUCGAUGUGUUUGGGGCUGUGCCUUUUUUCACCCUGCAGCCUCAUGCAAGAGAGAAGAUGGACAAAGAUGUUUCUUCUCAGACAGUUUUUCCCAGCCUGGCCCAGGACCAGGACGACUUUGAUGUUUUCACAAAAGCCCCCUUCAGCAAAAAGGUGCCCCAGCAAGAUGGGCAGGUGUCAGGAACGGAGCCUCUGCUGUCCCCCACGUCUCCACGGAGCGUGGAUAUCUUUGGCUGUACCCCAUUCCAACCGUCCCUUCUCCCCAAGUCUGCUGGGACCAGAGAGGACCUGUUUGGGCUGGUUCCUUUUGAGGAGAUCACAGGGAGCCAGCAGCAGCAGAAGAUGAAGCAGCAGCGGAGCCUGCAGAAACUGUCUUCCCGGCAGCGGCGCAUGAAGCAGGAGGUGUCCAAGAGCAACGGGAAGCGCCACCACGGCACCCCCACCACCACCAAGAAGGGGCUGAAGCCGAGCUACCGCACCCCGGAGCGAGCUCGCCGGCACAAGAAGGCGGGACGCAGGGACUCCCAGAGCAGCAACGAGUUCCUCACCAUCUCAGACUCCAAGGAGAACAUCAGCCUGGCCUUGACCGACAGCAAGGACCGAACCAACCCUCUGCAGACAGACGAGAGUCUGCUGGAUCCCUUUGGAGCGAAGCCCUUCCACCCACCGGAGCUGCUGCGGCACCCCCAGCACCAGGGCUUUGGGGACAGCCGCGGGGACCUCGGCACGGUGGUCGUGGCCGGCAGGCCGAGGCAGAGCUCCCUGCACGGGGCCGUACAUGGUGGGGACGGGCUCAAAACAGACGACUUUGGUGCAGUGCCCUUCACAGAGCUGGUGGUGCAGAGUGCGCAGAGCCAGCAGCAGGCACUGGAGUUAGAUCCGUUUGGAGCAGCUCCGUUUCCUUCUAAACAGUAAAGGCUUUUGGUGGGUUCCCCCCAUCCUCUCCAAGUCCCUAAAUAAAGGUUUAGUGGAGUAAUUUA